UCAGACUGAGAUUGUGUAUUCUGGGCAAGGUUGAACAGUGUCUUAUCAAUUUUUUUUUUAAUAAGAAAAAAACACGUAUAUGAUUUCUCAGACAAGUACCAUCUGCAAACCACCAGCUCAUCUGUACAGUUUUAAAAUCGGUUUUAUGCAUGUACCCGUGUGAAAACGAAGCCAUUAUGCCACAGGCAAUGUUGGGGAAGCUACUUACGACCGAGCCUCCAGAUAUCACAGACAACAAUUUUGAGGACUACUUAGCUACAGAUGACCUGCUUGUGGACUAUUUCAAUGAGUUCAUGAGUCUCCCGACCUUUCCAGAACCUGUAAGAUUUAAUAAAGACAGUGGUGCCUUUGAAGUAGUCAGUGAUGCUGUGGAAUCUCUGAACAACCAGAUACAUGAUUUGCUAUGUAUGUAUAAACCAAAGAACCCUGUCUGUGAUGUCACAAGAAGGACUGCUGAUCAUUUUUCUCCAUUCAAACCACCCCAACCCCCCAAAGAUCUUAAUAUUGACAACAGCUACAGUGUGAUGUGUCUGGACAGGGAACAGGGUGUUCAGUGGAUAAGAAAGGAGAGGCUUCCAUUAUUCCUGCAAAGCGACUGCUACUUUGAAUACAGAUUUGCCAAGUUGCUGUCUCAGGUAGAAUGUAGCAGCAAAGGCAAAAAGUUACAGAUAGACCCAUCCUAUCGACCUUGGUCUGUCAGCACAGAAACAAGUGCCCCCCCUACAGGUGACGACGAGCAUGAGGCAAUCAUAAGGAAGUUCUAUGUCUCACUUGGACAGUCCUCAGUUACUCAGACUAAGGAGUGGUUCACCUUAGCCAAGCAAAGUCAGGACUUGGUCACUACACAGUCUUCAGAGGGGCCUCUGUCUGCCACACAGACUUAUGGACACCUCCUCUCCCACCAAGAGCAAGCAAACCACACCAAUGGCAGUAGCAGUCUUGGUAUUCAAUCAGCAGGAUACCUUUCUAACAGUCUUGAUGGAGAACACAGCAGCCCAAGCAGGAGAAGAGCCAGUGCCCACCAUGGGGCUGGUGAGACACGGGGACAUGGGGCUGGCAUGGAUGACAACUGCUUCGUCUCUGUUCCCUAUUCACCUUCACAAACACCCUCUACAAUGCACCUGGAUUUCAAAUCUGAGAGUGGAAUUGAAAGUGACGGGGAGGAUCAGGAUGAGGAGGAGGAGGAGGAUGAAGAGAACAGAAGAGGAAGAGAGGAGAAGGAGGUCAAUAUUACAGAAGAAACAUCUGCUCAGUUGCAUGAGGAGGCCACAGAACCCACUAUCCCAGCUUUCAGCACCUUAGAAGACUUGGCCACCUCCUUGGUUAACAAAGUCCUAAGGAACUGUGUCUUGCAGCUGUCUGGGGAACCAGAAAGCAUUAAUAAGAUGGCCAACCUGGACCAUAGCCACCCUCAGAGAGUUAUUACUGUCCAUUAUCACGCUGGCCUAGAACUCUCUGAGGCACAAGAGCACCUGCCAGAGCCUCAAAGAGCACUUCUAACAGAAGAUUCCAAAGGAUCAAGGAAAGUCAGCCAAGAGGAGGAGAGUUCCAUUUCUGAGUCUGAGAAUGAAGAGAGCGACGAUGAUGAUGAUGAAGAUGGGGGAGCUGGCUACAGAAGUUACGACUUUGGCAGUAGAAAGGGAUUGGAGAGAUUUAAGAUGUUUCUGCACGGAACCCCAGGCGAAAAAUACUUGCAUCUGUGGAUGGAUAUUGAAAGACUAAAGGUCACGAAGGAUACAAGAAGGAAAAUCAGCCACCUGCAGAAGAUGAAAAAACAGUAUCUAAUGAGUGGAGGGGAGUAUUUCCUGAACACAGGAGUCCUCUCCAGACUGUUCAUUUUGCACGCCUCCUGCUGGACUGAAGAACACCUGUGUCACAUUCAGCCGAAGGUGACUGAACCUCUGCUUUUGUACUGGGGCCCUAGGAUGUGUAUGAAUCAAGCUGUUGUCAAUCAAAAGGCCUGUGCUGAGCUUAAGAUGUGGCAAGAGCGACAGCUGAGACCGAGAGUUAAUAUUGAUCCCAGUCCGAACAUCAUCAAGCUGCUGCCCCUCAGGGCAAAGUCCUGUGUGCCCAAGACUGCAAAGCCACCUUCACCACAGAAACUUGUAAUUGUCCAAAGGAAGACUUCUGCAAAGUCAGAGAAUGGUCCAGGGACCUUUGUUAAAAAGCCCCGGAGACUGGUAACAGCAAAACUGGAUCCAGCUAAAAGCAGCUUGAGUCCCAUUCUCAGCAAAUCCAUUGACAAGCCUGGAGUCACCAAGAAAUGGCAAAGAGCCGUCUCUGCCAGAAGCACGGCCUCAUGGUCCUCUGAUUCCACAGACAGCUCAGUCUCAGAAUCCAUUCAGGAAAAUAAACACAACCUUUCCAACAAGACCCACAGCAGCAGGUGCAGUCCAGUUCUGGGAGGUGCUAGGAUGGAAAGGAUGCUACAAGCACUGCAUCAUGACCAAAGAGCUGGAUACUGCUUUACCCAGUUCUGUGAGUUAUCAGGAAACAAGUUGUGGAAGAAUGGAGUGCAGUUCUGGUUUGACCUACAGGAUUAUCACAGACAGUUUUAUCAAGAAAACCUGAAUCCUUUCAGACUGCAGAGACUAGCUCAAUUCCUGUAUUCCGCAUAUGUACGUUUUGGAGCACCAAUGGACAUUGCUGCUGAUCUAGACAUAAGAAAACAGAUCUAUCAGAAACUGGAUCCCCCCUUUGAAGACCUAUUUGACCCUGCAGAGGAAUACAUCCUGACCCUGCUACUGGUUCCAUGGAUGCAGAUGACAAGCUCUGACAGGACCGCAUACAAAAGGGUGGAGUUAGUGGAGGAGACCCGUCUACUGGUCACUGUGCACUAUAGGAAACUACAGGCCCUGCAUAAAAAGACUCUUAGGAAACAACAGGAGAGAGGUGAACUUCAACCUAGUGCUCCAUCCCCACCCCCACCACCAGAGGUCCCUAGAGAGCCCAACCUGUGGGAGCAAGUCCCAGAGGAGUACCGCAGCUACAACCUGAGCAACCUGCUCCGCCAUCGCCUUGAGCUGGAGCACUUCCGCAACUUCCUGGAGGAGCACUUUGCCAGCAUGGACCUGAUGUGCUGGUUGGAUAUUGAGCAGUUCCGGCGAACGCCUCACAAAGAGAAAGACAAGAGAGAGGAGAAGUCUAGAGACAUCAAGAGCAAAUAUUUGAAUAAGAAAUACUUCUUCGGGCCAAACAGUCCUGCAACCAGAGAUCAGCAGGAACAGGUGAUGCAGUUAGGCGGCGGGUGGGGGAAGAUUCUCCACGAUCGCCUCUCGGCCCCGGUGCUGGUGGAGCUGCAGAAGUACGUGAGGAACCGGAUAGAAAGGAAGUGGCUGCCGCUGUUCCUCUCCACCCCAGAGUUUGCUGAAAGGCAGAAGAUGCAGUUGAAGAUGAAGAACGUUGCAGAGGAUCAGAUAUUCCACACAAACAGAAAGAAACGUGAGGUUUGGAAGUACAUUGACAGCAAAUGGGUUUCCUCAUCCAAAGAAAUCAUUGCCUUCCGGAAAGCACUUUUGAAUCCAGUAACCUGUCGUCAGUUCCAGCGCUUUGUUUCUCUGAAGGGGGACUGUCUGGAGAAUGGCGUACUCUUCUGGCUAGAGGUCCAGAAAUACAAGGACCUGUGCCAUUCCCACUCAGAUGAUUCCACCAUUCAAAGCAAGGUCUCCACAAUUAUAAACUGCUUCAUUAACUCCAGCAUACCUCCAGUCCUGCAGAUCGACAUUCCUCCAGAGCAGGCUGAGGAAAUCAUUGAGAAGAGGAGGGAGCUGGGCCCCUAUGUCUUCCGAGAAGCACAGAUGACUGUCUUUGGAAUCCUGUUCAAACUGUGGCCGGACUUCUGUGCCUUCCGAAGCAAUCUGGAAGAGACUAAGGUGUUGCCUGCUUUAGAGAGAAAGAAGGAAAAACAACUGGAAAAACUGAAGAGGAAGAUAAAAGAAGAGGAGAGACGAGCAAAAGAGCAGGAAGAAGCCAAGAGAAAGAUGAGUUUUUCCGAUAAUUUCUUUGGAGACAAUGAGAGUGUCUACAGCGGCAGCCAAGCUGGCGUCUCCUCCACGAGGGAGGCCAGGGGUCCACACAGUCGCAGCCAGCAAGUCUCCUGGUCCUAUUCCAAAUACAUGGAAGCUCUGGAGCAGGAGAGAGCGCUGCUGCAGAUGCAAAAUGGCCUUGAGGGAAGAACCCUGAUGUCCUCUCUGUCAGAUCCAGAGACCUCCUCCAUUCGCAGCACUAAGUCGGCCGGCACAAAAAGGACAUCGCACUCUAUUUUCUCACAGAAAAUCAGUUCCUGAAAACGAGUGAUGGACGUAGCAUCUAAUGAGAACAACUUUUCAAAGUGAUUUCUUCAUUGUUCCAGGAAGAAAAAAUAAACAAUUGCCGAUGUAUUUGUAAUAACAAACUCCUGUCCCUUUGUUAUUUAUGUGAUUUGUGGAAUCAUAAAUCUUUUAAGAAAAUUGUGUUCUUCAUGAAUUGAUUCAGUAUUUCCAUGCUGGUUGUGAUUUAUUUAUUUUUGUUAUUACUUUGCUCCUUUUUUUAAAACAUAAUUGUGAUUUAACUAUAAUGGCUACCUAUAUUUAAACUUCUGUAGCCUUUUCUUAUAUAAUUCUUAUUCUUGUUACCUGUCAUAAUAAAAUGUUUAAUUUUUUUUAAAAUCA